AUGGUUCAAAUUUCAACCCUUCUCAGCCUGGUGGCUGCCUCCGCCUCAAUUGUCGCUGCUGCUCCUGCUGCCGCUCCUGCUCCAACAGCUGCUCCAGAUCUCGCUAAGAGAGCUACAUGUACUUUCUCUGGCUCCAAUGGAGCUGCUCAAGCAAGCAAGUCUAAGGCUUCUUGCGCAACUAUUGUUCUUUCAAACGUUGCUGUUCCAUCUGGAACUACUCUUGACCUGACCAAACUCACUACUGGUACUCACGUCAUCUUUGAGGGUACAACCACUUUCGGUUACGAGGAAUGGUCCGGCCCUCUCGUUUCUGUCUCGGGAACUUCUAUCACUGUCACUGGUGCCUCCGGAUCGGUUAUCGAUGGAAAUGGUGCUCGUUGGUGGGAUACCAAGGGUUCCAACGGUGGAAAGACCAAGCCAAAAUUCUUCUACGCUCACUCCCUCAAGAAGUCCACCAUCUCUGGCUUGACAUUCAAGGACUCUCCAGUUCAAAUGAUGUCCAUCAACGGUGCUGAUACCUUAACCGUCGACAAGGUCACCAUGAACAACAAGGCCGGCGACUCUCAAGGCCACAACACCGAUGCUUUCGAUGUUGGCUCUUCCAGUCACGUUACCAUCUCCAACGCAAACAUCGUCAACCAAGAUGAUUGUCUCGCUAUCAACUCUGGUACCGACAUCACCUUCACUGGAGGAUCCUGCACCGGUGGACACGGUCUCUCAAUCGGUUCCGUCGGUGGUCGCGACGACAACACCGUCGACACCGUCAAGAUCCUCUCCUCCAAGAUCAUCAACUCCCAAAACGGUGUCCGCAUCAAGACCGUGUCCGGAGCCACCGGUGCCGUCAAGGGUGUUACUUACAAAGAUAUCACUCUCUCUGGCAUUACCAAGUACGGUAUCGUCAUCCAACAAGAUUACGAGAACGGAUCCCCAACCGGAAAACCAACCACCGGUGUCCCAAUCACUGGUCUCACUGUCUCUGGCGUUACUGGAUCGGUCACCAGCUCUGCUACACCAGUCUAUAUUCUUUGCGGAAAGGGAUCGUGCUCGGGAUGGACUUGGUCUGGAAACAAGGUUACUGGUGGAAAGAAGAGCACUAAGUGCUUGAACAUCCCAUCUGGAGGAGCCGCUUGCUAA